AUGGAAAGAAUAAAUAUUUCGUACAAGAAAACGAAAAAGAAUGAAAUCUACAGAGCACCGCAGGAGAUAUAUCUGCACGAUGCAGUGAACUGCGGGUUCGGGUGCUGCAGUGCUGCCAACCCAAGAAUUCGCGAAUAUCUUCAAAAAUCAAACAGGUUCUACAUUCUCUCUGACGAGUUCAUCCACGACUUUAUCCACUUCAUAGAGGAGAAAGCUCUCACAAACAUAAUAAUCACGAGAACAGCCAUAUCAGAGCUGAAAAGGAAAUAUCUUAACACAUUCAGAAGGCUGGAGCGCAUCAUAGACAGACACAAUCUACCGCUAAUUGAAGACUUGUUUUCUAAGAGUAUUUACGAAUUCACCAUGGAGCAUACUGGUGUGGAUUAUUACGAAGUGCUGAGCAUGUGGUAUGCUCGUCAUGUAGCAGGCUGCGAGUUUCUACCCGUGCACUCCAUAAGAGAAACAGGCAGCACACCGUACCCUCCUUCUCUUUUUGUCUAUGGCUCGCCGGGAGUGCUGCCCGAAACAAGAAUAAAGGCAGAAACACCGUACACUCCGUAUAUGGAAGUAGAUGCAAUGGAAGAGAUACAAGACAGAAUAGAAAUGGGCUCUAUCUCCAUACCAGACAGCAUCGGAAACGGUGAAAUCGUGUGCAAUAUUGAAGGAAACCAAAUGAGAAUAAGUAUUCCCAGAGAGUUCCUAAACCGCGCGAUAGAUAAGGAUUAUGUCUUUGCAGAAAUAGUAGAAGAAACAGAGGAUAAGAGCAUAGGAAGAGUCGUGGGGAUAGAGAAGAGAAGCAGAAAGCCGUUCCCAUGCACAGUGCUGAGACUGCUCAACAGCACACACGCCCUCAUGGAGCCAGAAAUGAACAACUUACCAAUGGUCAUUUGCAGAGUACCUGAAAACAAAGACUUAAAGAACAGGAUAUACUUAGUCGUGGUAGAAGAGUGGAACGAAACAGAAGAGUACCCCAUAGGCUACAUAAUAAAGGAAACAGGAGAGAAGGGAGCAAUAGAGGCAGAGACAGCAGCUCUACUAGCCCACCACUCCAUCCUAGACCAGCCCUUCGAAACUGCUGCGCUUGAAGAGCUCCCAUCUGAGAGCUGGGAUGUAACACCACAGGAUCUAGCAGAAAGAGAGGAUCUAAGAGCGUAUCCCAUUGCCAGCAUAGACCCAGAAGGGUGCAUAGACAUUGACGAUGCUCUCCAUGCAGUAGAAAGACCGAAUGGAAUAGUGGAAAUAGGCGUGCACAUAGCAGAUGUUACACACUUCGUUAAAGAGGGCAGCCAUUUGGAUAGAGAAGGAAGAAUAAGAGGAUGCACAACAUACCUCCCCAACAGAAGGAUAGAUAUGCUCCCAGGCCUUCUAGGCACUAACCUGUGCUCCCUGCACAAGAAUGUAGACAGACUCGCUUUCUCCAUCAUCUGGGAGGCAAAAAUAUCCGAUGAAAAGAUCGAAUUCAUCAGCCGAAGAUUUGCCAAGACAAUCAUCCGGUCAAAAGAGUCGUUCACCUACGACCAAGCAUCAUCUGUGCUGGAGACAGGCAGAUAUAAAUCACAGGAGCUAAUCGAGUCUCUUCGGAUUCUCAAGAAAGCAUCUACUCUCCUCAAAAAGGCUCGUCUCGAAACAGGAGCAUUUGUCAUACACUCAGACGAGUGCAGAAUCUCUGCUAGAAAUAAUAAAUACUUCUCAGAGAUAGCUGAAAACCCAAGGGAGCACAUCAUCUCAGAGGAGGACCAUGGUGAAGAGCACGACACGCACUCCCUUGUAGAAGAGUUUAUGCUGCUGGCUAACCAGCACGUAGCUGAGUAUAUUUCAUCAGUCUACCCAAAAGAGUCUCUCAUCAGAGUGCAUCCGCGCCCUGCGGCCCUGGCAUUUAAACAGCUAGAGAAUGCUCUCUCUUUUCUCUCCUCUUCUCCCAUUGUUCUUGACCCAAAUAAUCCAUCCGAGCUGUCAGCAACUAUCAAAAAAUACUCGAGCUCUCCAGAGCUUAAGAGCGCAAUAGGGGCAUGGGCCACAAAGUGCAUGACACAGGCUGUGUAUGCUCCAUCUUCCAUAGGCUCUAAGCUCCACUACGGUCUAGCCAUGCACAACUAUACGCAUUUUACCUCUCCAAUCAGAAGAUACGCAGACGUGAUUGUUCACAGGAUAUUAACACAUGCAAUAAAUAACGACAGAUACGGGCCAGUGACGGAGAGUACACUGGAGGCCAUCUGCGACUCUGUCAAUCGGUCGUAUAGAUCUGCCAAAUGGGUCUCUAGACACGCAAAUGAUCUGUACGUUAGAUACUUAAUAGCUAGCAAUACAGUUAAUCUUGUGAUAAUAGGAAUAAGCAAAGAGAAGAUAGAGGUAUAUCUCCCGUACUACGGAGUAACAGGAGAACUGCGCCUUUCAGAGGAGUGCAGUGCUGACUCUUCCUCCAUCGUCAGAAAGGAUAGAUCUACUCUGCACCUUUUCUCAACGGUCAGAGCUUCUCUUAUUCCAGAAAUAAAGAAGGUCUUUGCGUUCAGACUAGCUGGUUAA